AUGCUCUAAUCAAUAGGUGAAAUACCUCAAACACAACCACUCAUAAAUUAUGGGACUGUAAAAUACUCGUUCAAAUGUGUCCGCCGACACUUAUUUAAAGAUAAAGUCUACUAUGUUCAUGCCUUACCCAAUAUGAUUACAAUCGGAGAAGUAUAUAAUCAACCACAAUCUUAGCAUAUCAAUGACCCUAAUCCUAAGUAUAAAUUAGAACUCAAUUUGAAAAAUAUCGUUUACUGGAAGUAAGAACAUGGCUAAAAUCGUGCCUUCGGUAUAAAAUAUAAGUAAGUUUUCAAAAAUGAGAAUAAAUUAGAAAGAAUGUGAAAUACUUUGAAGCGGCUUCAGAAUAAUUAUAAAAAUUUCGACAAGAAAUAAGUUGUUUAAUUGGGUUCCAUUCCUUCGAUGACCACUAUAAAAUAGAUGAAUUAAUUGGGAAGGGAUCUUUUUCUUCUGUAUAUAAAAUUUUUAGAUAAAAUGACAAAAAAGUGUUUGCCAUGAAAUAUGUAUCAAGCAAAUAAAAGAACGACAAGGAGAACAUGGUAAAAUAGUUUAAUAUUAGCAGCAAUUAGUUGAGAAUGAGAUUGGAAUUCUUAGGUCCUUUAAUCACGAAUCCAUCCUUAAAAUAAAUGAAGUCUAUCGUGUUGAAGAAUAUCAUUACGGAAUCAUUGUUGAAUAUUUGGAUGGAAUUGCAUUAUCUACUCUAAUCGAAUAGCUGAAGAAAAAUUAAAAUAUUCUUAAAGAAUCGGAAAUCAAAACUAUCCUCUAAGCCUUGCUAAUGGCACUGGCUGUAAUACAUUAAGAACAAGUGAUACACAGAGAUAUAAAACCAUAGAAUAUAAUGAUUUCCUAAUAACAUUAUAAUUGUGUCAAAAUCAUUGAUUUUGGACUCAGCAUUAAGAACUAAUUGUAAUAUAAUAGAUGUGGGACUCCUGGCUACAUGGCUCCUGAAAUUGUAAACAUGAGAAAGGACUAGCAGAAGGCUUGGACUUCCCUUUGUGAUAUCUUUAGUCUUGGAGUAGUGUUCUUUAAAUUGUAUUAAUACAUUCUCUAAUCCUUAUAGAUUAUCAAAGGGUAUCAGUUGUUUUUAGGGCCAAACUUCUGAUCAAGUCUUGGCCAACAACAAAAAGUGUCAAAUCGAUUGGUCUAUAGUCUAACAACAUAAUUAUUCCAAAAAUUGCAUAGUAAACAGUUCACUAAUAUGGCUAGUCAUUAUUAAAAGCAAUGUUAGCAAAAGAUCCCGAAGAAAGAAUUACAGCAUACUAAGCUCUUCAGCAUCCAUUCUUUGGUGAUGCCUUCUCAACUAUGUAUACUGACUAUGUUGGACAUUCAAUUAGUCUUAAAUCUAAGUAAAUUUUAAAUCCAACACUUGAAAAACAAAAUCUCGAUUCCUAAUAAAGUGUAGAAGACAACUACGUAUAAAAGUAGUAAGUUUACAAUAGGGACAUAAAACCAUCUAUUCUAAGUAGAUAGAAAUGA